GCGGAAGUGUCGGGGGGACCGGCUGAGGAUGGGGCAGUAGCAGAACUGAGCUGCCGGCGGCCGCGCCAUGGAGACGGUGCAGCUGAGGAACCCGCCGCGCCGGCAGCUGAAAAAACUGGAUGAAGAUAGUUUGACGAAGCAGCCAGAAGAAGUGUUUGAUGUCUUGGAGAAACUUGGAGAAGGGUCCUAUGGCAGUGUUUUUAAAGCUAUUCAUAAAGAAACUGGUCAAGUGGUUGCAAUUAAACAAGUUCCUGUGGAAUCCGACCUUCAAGAGAUUAUCAAGGAAAUUUCUAUAAUGCAGCAGUGUGACAGCCCUCAUGUAGUGAAAUAUUAUGGCAGUUAUUUUAAGAACACGGAUCUUUGGAUAGUCAUGGAAUACUGUGGUGCUGGCUCUGUGUCUGAUAUCAUCCGAUUACGAAAUAAAACAUUGACAGAAGAUGAAAUAGCUACAAUUUUACAAUCAACUCUUAAAGGACUAGAAUACCUUCAUUUUAUGAGAAAAAUACACCGAGAUAUUAAGGCUGGAAAUAUCUUGCUAAAUACAGAAGGACAUGCAAAACUUGCAGAUUUUGGAGUAGCAGGUCAACUUACAGAUACAAUGGCAAAACGGAAUACAGUGAUAGGAACACCAUUCUGGAUGGCUCCAGAAGUGAUCCAGGAAAUUGGAUAUAACUGUGUGGCAGACAUCUGGUCAUUGGGAAUUACUGCUAUUGAAAUGGCAGAAGGAAAACCCCCAUAUGCUGAUAUCCAUCCAAUGAGGGCCAUCUUCAUGAUUCCUACAAAUCCCCCUCCCACUUUCCGAAAGCCAGAGCUCUGGUCUGACAGCUUUGCUGAUUUUGUGAAGCAGUGUCUUGUGAAGAGCCCUGAGCACCGGGCCACAGCUACUCAGCUCCUUCAGCAUCCAUUUGUUAAGAGUGCAAAAGGAGUGUCAAUACUACGCGACUUGAUUAAUGAAGCCAUGGAUGUCAAAUUGAAACGCCAAGAAGCACAGCAGCGAGAGCUGGAUCAGGAUGAUGAUGACAACUCUGAGGAGGAUGAAACUGAUUCAGGCACAAUGGUCCGUGCUGUUGGAGAUGAGACCGGCACAGUACGAGCUGCCAGUACCCUGGGUGAUGGAGCCAAUACCAUGAUAGAACAUGAUGAUACUUUGCCAUCACAGUUGGGCACCAUGGUGAUCAACACUGAAGAGGAGGAGGAGGAAGGCACUAUGAAAAGAAGAGAUGAAACUAUGCAACCUGCAAAGCCAUCUUUCCUUGAGUACUUUGAACAGAAAGAAAAAGAGAAUCAGGUCAACAGCUUUGGCAAAAAUGCCCCAGGUCCGUUGAAGAAUUCUUCAGAUUGGAAAGUACCACAAGAUGGGGACUAUGAAUUUCUCAAGAGCUGGAGUGUGGAAGACCUUCAGAAGAGGCUGUCUGCCCUUGACCCCAUGAUGGAGCAGGAGAUUGAAGAGAUUCGGCAAAAGUACCAGUCUAAACGGCAGCCAAUUCUGGAUGCUAUUGAGGCUAAGAAACGGCGGCAGCAGAACUUCUGAGCAAAUCCCAGCCUGGUGGCAGGACUGGCCUUGGUUCACGUCUCAAGGGUGCUCUGUUCCCAGCUUCCCACAAACCCUGCAGGUUGCUCCAUGUUGAGAGCAAAAUAGAGGGGCGCACGGUUCUGCCCUUUCAUGUUCCCAUAAGCACCUUUGUGAACUUCAGGAAUGCAAAUGAGCAUGGAGGUCAUUUUUGACAGUCAAGGCUCCAUUUUGACAUCCAAUGUAUUUAAAAUAAUGAGGGAUCUUAUUUCACAGGGUCCCAUGUUAGUAUUUUUAAACUCACGGUUUUUAACUCAAGGAAUAGGGAAAUCCCUAGGCCAGCAAGAGUUGGGAAUGUUUUAUAUUUUGUUUUUUCCCCAAAUAGCCUUCAGUAGUUCUUGCUGUAAGUUUUUUAAGUAUGUAAAUUAUAAAUAUGUCCACACAUCCUGUGGCAUUGAACUACUGGACUCUUGGUACAGGUACAGCUUGAAACAAUUUAACUGUACCCUCUUUGACUACGGUACUGCAGAGUGGGUUAGCAAGGGUCACUGGGAGGCCACUGGGAAAAAGAACAGGACUCUGGGGGAUCCAGCCUGUUCUUUGAUGGGGCCUUAUAAAAUUAAGUUUCAGCCUAAUCACGUUAGGGUGAUUUGAGCCUGGCGCUUGCUUAGCACUUAUCACUGUCUGUUAGUAAAUAUUAAAUCUUUGUUUACUAUUUGAACUCCAGGGAGAAAGAAGCCUGCCUCAUGGCAUCUUCCUUGCAAAAACUUGUCACCCACCAGCUCCUCCUUUAUCUGAUUCUCAUCCCCACACACCUUGUAGAGACUGGCGGCUAAAUAGAAAAAGCCCUGAUUUGGGUUGGGUUUGAGACAUCAGAAAACUCAGAUGUCUUUCUUGUCUCUGUGACCUUGGGUAAGUUACUUACCCUCUCUGAGCCUAAACAUCCCCACUUGUAAAACAAGAAAGAGCUUGGACAGUAUAAUUGCUAUGGUCAUCUUCAGUUCUGACAUUCUUUGCUCCUCAGGCCCCGCUAACAUCCCAUGACCCCCUCACUGUUGCCUUUGCACCCAUCCAUAAUUGGUAAUCAGACUUCUCCUUUCUGUCUCCUCUCCCUUUCACAUAUCCUCCUUCUGCCACCCCACCCCGCCAAAAAAAGGAAAUUCCUUGUCCUCAUGUAGGACAAAAAGCACUGGACUGGGGGCUCCUCCCAGCUCUGAUAACUUGAUGUGUGACUUUAGGCAAGUCACUUCUCUGAGCCUCAGUUUCCUCAUCUGUAAAAUGAGGUGGUUGGACCAGAGCUUAAGGUUCCUUCCAGCUGUGACAUUCUGUGCUUCUGAAUCCACAUGUUCAUCAUUAGCUACAAGAACAUUGACCACAGCCUCUGUUUCAGGUGGCACAUUGUCCAAUUGCUUUCAUUUGUCAUGGGUUCUAUGUUCAGUUGUGUGUUUAGGGGGAAAACACUCCUGCCUGCUUCCUUCCCUGCAGCCAUGCAGGAAGGGAAUGCUCACACCAUGGGUGUGAUAUGCAAGCCCGAGAAGUAGCUUUAACUUUUUCUACCAGAGGACUUUGACACCAAUCUAAGUUCUGUCUUGAAAUGUGCUGUUGUCAUAUCUGGUUGUACAUAAUAGGCCCAGGUCCCUUAUCUGUAUAUGUGUGAAGCAGUUGGAGGGAUCUUUGAAAUUGAAGAUGAUUCUUUGAUAUUUGGAUUGUUCUUCUUUAUCCAGCAUUGGCCUUAUUUGUUCUAAAUAAAUUGUUCUGAAAACUACA